AUGGCUACCGCUACUCACGCACCAGCAUCGGCUCCUCCGACAGGGCUUCCACAUUACUCUUAUCCCUCGCAGCAGCCCCCGAUGAUGCAGCCUCAGCACCAGUAUGCCCAAGGCCCACCUGGAUAUCCCCCGUACGGAUACCCAGGCGGUGUUCCUUCACAGAUCCCUGCUACCUCAUCGAUGAACCCUACUAUGGUACCUUCAACACUCCAGCUCCCUGCCAUGUCGUCAGGUGCCCCUGCAUCUUCACUCUCAGGCGCGCCAAACUACCAGACCCAGUCGUUCGAUCACACCGGCCAGGUUGCCCCACCGGGCAUGAAGCCCCGUGUGACUGCCACGCUCUGGGAAGAUGAGGGCAGUCUCUGCUUUCAAGUCGAGGCCAAAGGCGUUUGCGUCGCUCGUCGUGAAGAUAAUCACAUGAUCAACGGUACCAAGCUACUGAACGUCGCAGGUAUGACGCGAGGCCGAAGGGACGGUAUCCUGAAGAGCGAAAAGACGCGUCACGUCGUCAAGAUCGGUCCAAUGCACCUCAAGGGUGUUUGGAUUCCUUUUGAGCGGGCUCUCGAGUUUGCCAACAAGGAGAAGAUCACCGAGCAGCUGUAUCCUCUGUUUGUUCACGACAUUGGAGCACUGCUUUAUCAUCCCUCGAACCAGACGAGGGCAAGUGUAGGAAGCGCUGCCAUGGCUGUAGACCGGAAUCGAAGACCUGACCCUAUGCAGACGCGAUACAUGACCGGUCCACCGGCAUCCCAGCCCCCAUCGCUUCACCACCAUCACUCGAUGAGUAAUCCUAUCGGUGCUGCAAUGUCGCAACCCCCGCACGCUAUCCAGCCGCACCCAUCAUCAGGUCGUCCAGGUCUUGAUCGAGCUCAUACAUUCCCGACUCCUCCUACCAGCGCGUCCAGCAUCAUGGGCAUGGGCAACCAGGGCAGUUCGUACGAGUGGAGCGGUGCCAACGUCCAGAAUACCCAGGGUGGCCAGCCGCUAUCCAUUGACACUGGACUGAGCAACACACGCUCUGUGCCUACAACUCCAGCAAGCACACCCCCAGGAGCUGUCCAACAGGGCAUGUCCUACGGUGCGGCUCAGAGCUUUGAUGGCAACAGGCCUCUGUACUCUGGGCCACCUUCUCAGCCUGGCCAAUACUCUCAGGGCCAGCCCAUGAUGGGAUACCGACAAGACGGUGCUUAUCCCAAGACCGAGAUGGCACCCCCAUCUCGUAUCACUGAUGUGCCAGACGAAGGCGAAGUCAAACAAGCCGAUGGUAUGAUGCCACAAGGCAACGACCAGGUUGCCGCGCCUCCCGCUGGUAAUGAGAAUGAGCAUGACCACGAGAAUGAAUACACACAUUCCAACGCUCCAUACAACGGCAACAGAGGCCCGUAUGGAUACAGCACCAACGGCCCAACCGGAGCUAUGCACCCUGAUCACGCACACCUGUCUCCAGAGAUGACGGGAUCCCCCCACCAAAAUGGCUCUGGGCGUGGCACUCCUCGAUCAGCCGCUACAGGUCAACAGCAGUGGAACUCCGGCUACGCAGCCCCGCAGCGCCAGGCUCCUUCCAGCAACCUGUACAACGUAAUGAGCGAUACGCGUGGUGCAUCUAAUGGUAAUGCACCUCACGAUACGUACCAGGCUCCUGGUGCUGUGUCACAGUAUGCCCCUCAAGGAUAUGCUCCUAACAACGGAGUGAACAACUCGGGUAAACGCGGUCGUGACGAUGAAGACCAAGACCCGUACCGCCCUGAUAGUGUCCAAGGAGAUGAUAUGAGCGGUCUCAAGAGGCGCAAGACCUUGGAGGGAGGUGCAGUCGGCGGAAACUACGCCGAUCCAAACCCUGGACUUCAGCGUGCGCAUACCAUGGCAGCCCAACGUGCUAGACGGUAA